AUGAGCUCGACGGGCACGCUCGGGCACAAGCUGCCGCGCAAGAGCAGCACAAAGGGCCGCCACAUCUCGCAGCGCGACCCUCUGCCCAAAGGCGCGAGCUGCCAGACCUGCCGCACGAGAAAGGUCCGCUGCGAUGCCGGCAAGCCUGCCUGCCGCGCGUGCUUGAGGACGGCCCGCUUCGAGGGGCGCGACGAGGCGAGCGUCGUGUGCUGCUACGACAAGCGUCCUGUCGCCGUCAAGAAGGGCGCCAAGCGCGCGCCCAUUUCCAAGGCGCAGCACAAGGUCGACGAGGUUUCGCAGGGCGCAGUCGACGCGGGUCCUUACGGUCCCUCUGGCUCCUCGAAUGAGAGCACACCUUACUCGUCGACCUUCCCCAACCCGUACCUCACCUCGUUCCCCCUCACGACCCGCGCCGACUCGUACGAGUCGCUCGCCGCCGCCUACUACACGGCGCCUCCACCGGCCCCUCAGCUCACGCCCACCCCGCCCCUCUCGUACUCGUCCGCCAACUCGCCCGAGGACUCGGUUCUCGCCCACUCGCCGCCCGACCAGCACCCGUUCAUCUCGAGGCCGCCGUCGACGUCGGCCUACUCGACCUACGCGACGGGCGGCGGUCCCUCGGCGACGUCGGCGCACGGCUUCCACCUGCCGCCGAUCGUGCCCGGUCCGCACGCCGCCUACCCGCUGUACCAGUCGCUCCACUCGCCCCACAUGGCCAAGCCGUCGAACCCGUACGGCUUUGCGCCCCCGCCGUCGCGCGAGACAUCGGCGUGGUCGGGCCAGCCGGCGGCGCACAGCUCGCACGUCCCGCAGCUCAGCUACGUCCAGCACGACAGCGGCGGCUCGACCCGCGUCAUGUACGGCGACGCGUACAUGCAGCAGGCGCACACGCACGCGCACCCGUCGCCGCUGCCGCGCAUCGAGCCGUACGGCCGCACGAUGCCGUCGCCCGUCACGACGGCGCCGGCGUACACGACCAAGCGCUCGGACCUCGCCGUCGCGCUCCCUCCUCCUCGCCUCUCGUCGACACUCGCCCCGUCGGCGUACUCGACGAGCCCGAUGCCGCCCGUCGGCCCGACGCCGACGCACGCGCCGCGCUACUCCCCGCAGCAGCGCUCGCACCCCGGCGCCGCGUACGAGCACUCGCAGCCGUUGCACACGCCGCAGGACCCGACCUUCUCGCUCCCGCUCCAGCACCAGCAGCAGCAGCAGCAGGCGGGACCGGGCUUUGCGGCGGCGCGCUCGCCGUUCCCGCUGUACGCCGGGACGAACGGCGGCGGCGGUGGAGGAGGCGCGACGGGCGGCGGCGGGACGAUGUGGCCGACGCUGCACUCGCCAAGUGCGCCCGUCGGAUGGACGUACCCGACGGCGCCGGGGAGCGGCGGCGGCAGGACGGCGUCGGUGUCGGCGUACGGCGGGCCCGUCGACGAGUGGCUGAAAGGCCUCGCGACCUGAGGCUUCUUUCCUCUCUCUCUUUCCCCUCGCCUUUCC